GUGGGAAUUACAGCCUCAUUGCGAAGGGAGCGACGUCCGGAAAGCAUGCACAGUGAGUAUUUACUGACAUGACAAAGUAAUUCUUUUAACGUCAGGGUUAUUCUUUCGCAUUCUGAUGCCGCUACAAAUCUUGUUACUGUUAUUCAAGCGUAUUAACGAGUAAAUGAGAUGCUCUAUGACUCUUUGUGCCAUUGACGGAAUUAGACAUCCCAUCUAUUGGGAUUGGGUGAAGGCUAAUGAAUAUGUCCAAAGUCCAAAUGGAUGGGAGGUCUAGUAUGUUCUAUAGCAGCUAAUGUUUACCCCAAAUGAUAUUUCAAUGCUAAAAUGUCAGUCAGUAUGUUGUAAUAGAAAUGAAGGUUAGUCAGGUUGGUCAACAUUCCUAACAUGCGACUCGGGUGGCUUCCUGCUCGACUUGAGUUCCAUUUCAAUUUCAAAUUCGUCUGUGGAAGGGACAGUCAGUUUCUCUGUGCGCUCUUCGCGACCCUAGGCAUGAGUUCCCCAGGAGGCCGCGUCCUCAAUGAGGACCAGUUCAGCUGCUCCAUCUGCCUGGAAGUGUUCGUCGAGCCGGUGUCGACGCCAUGCGGCCACAGUUUCUGCAAGGCCUGCCUGCAAGGUUACUGGACCCACAGCAAGAAGUUUCUUUGCCCGAUGUGCAAGAAAAGCUACAGCAGAAGGCCAGAAAUGAGCGUUAACCGGGUCCUGGCCGAGAUCUCCGCUCAGUUUCAGGGAAUGGCGGUGGCCGAAAGUCCCGGGGUUUCCGCGCGAGGAUCCGCGCUUAAUCUGAGUGUGGACCCCGGAACGCCGGCCGCCUCGAGUAUCGACUCUGGGGAGUUUGCGCGGGUCGGCGACAUUCCCUGUGAUGCUUGUAUCGGGAGGAAGUUGAAGGCACACAAGUCGUGCGUCAACUGUCCCGGGUCCUUCUGUGAAACUCACCUGAGACAUCACAGAAAGGUGAAAUCUCUGACGUCCCAUCGGCUCAUCGAGCCUACGUUCCACCUGGAGGAGAAGAUCUGUAAGAAGCAUGAGCGUCUACUAGAAGUCUACUGCCGCACCGACCACGCUUGCGUCUGCACCGCCUGCGUGGAUACCGUGCACAAGUCUCAUGACGUGGUCUCCGUGGACCACGAGUGGAAGAAGAAGAUGAGUAGCCUCGGGAAGAAGCGGUCAGAACUGAAGCAUCUGAUUAAGGAACGAGCCAAAAAGCUGGAAGAACUCAAGCAAUCUAUUAAAGUCAUUAAGUCCAGCGCCCAGAAGGAGCUGGAGGAGAGCUGGCAGGUGUUCGCCGAGCUACAGCGGCUGGUGGAGCAGAGCCAGGCCGAGUUGGUGGAGCUCAUCGCCACCAGGCAACGCGAGGCCGAACGUCAUGCGCAGGAGCUCGCGCGAGGCCUGGAGAAUGAGUUGAGUCAAUUGAGGAGGCGGAGCCACGAACUAGACGCCCAGGCGCAGACCGAGGAUAGAGUUGUCUUCUUACAGCGCAUAGCUACCUUGCCGCCCUUGCCCGAGCCCACCGACUGGUCAGCGGUGAGCGUCAAUACCGACCUCUACCUGGGUACUAUCCGCGCGUCAGUCAGCGGGCUUGUGGACAAGUUUCAGGAGGAGCUGAAAAGACUCUACGGCAAAGAACUCCGCAAGGUGCAGAACUACUCCAGUGAAGUCAUACUGGACCCGGCCACCGCCCAAAGGAACCUGGUGCUUUCCGACGACGGUCGCCAGGUGAAGUACGAGGAACGCAAGACAUCUCACUCCGAGGGCCCCAAACGUUUCAGCCCGGCGCUGUUCGUCUUGGGUCGCGAGGGUCUCAGCUCGGGGCGCCACUACUGGGAAGUGGAUGUGACCCGCAAGACGGCCUGGACUCUGGGCGUAGCCAACGCAUCCGCCCGACGCAAAGGCGAGAUCACGCUUAGUCCGGGCGGCGGUUACUGGUGCCUGUGGCUGAAGAACGGGCAGGUGAAAGCCCUGGCCUCGUCUCGCAUUCCCCUUGUGAUUCCUUCGCUGCCCGCCAAAGUGGGGAUCUUUCUUGAUUACGAAGGCGGUCAGGUGUCCUUCUACGACCCCAAAUCCCGCCUGCACCUCUACACCUUCCUCAACACUUUCAACGAAAGCUUGUACCCCAUCUUCAGCCCUUGCAUCAGCCAGGAGGGAAAGAACGCGUCCCCUCUCGCCAUCACCCCUCAGCUGGUUUCGUGUGUCAGUGCGCUGCCAAAACUCGAAGCAACUGGGAUGUCGUCCCCCGGGAACCUCUCGGAAGAGCAGGUCCACUGCUCCAUCUGCCUGGAUGUCUUCACCAACCCCGUGUCCAUCCCGUGCGGACAUAACUUCUGCCAGGCUUGCAUUUUGGGCUACUGGAAGAGCAGCCCGCUCUACCAGUGUCCGAUGUGCAAGAAGUCCUUCUACAAGAGGCCCGACAUAAGCGUCAACACUGUUCUGAGGGAGAUUGCCGAGCAGUUUAAGGAGAUGCGAAGGAAGACUGGGGUGGAAAAGACCGCCAAAGGGAGGAAAUGGAAUGUGGAAAGACGCAGGGAAGAAGAUGAGGUGAGGCUUUUGAAUGAAGAACAUGAAGUGGACAUUGGAGGAAUGGAGGUCAAGGAGACACCUGCGGCAGAGAAACCCCCAUCUGCGCCUCUGGCACCUCCAUCCUGGCAGGAAGUCCUUUGUGACAUCUGCCUUGGCCAAGGUCGCCCCAAAGCCGUCAAAUCCUGCCUGGUGUGUCUGACCUCUUACUGCGAGGAGCACCUGGUAUCACACGCCAGCAGGUUCACCAAACACGAGCUGAUGGAGCCUGUGGCCAACAUGGAGGACCGCAUGUGCCCCAAGCACCAGCGGCUUCUGGAGCUAUUCUGCAAGAAGGACCAGACGUGUGUGUGCGUCCUGUGCACGGAGACUGACCACCGGGCGCACUACACCGUCCCCGUUGAGCGCGAAUGGACCGAGAAAAGGGCACACCUGAAGAAGAUCCAAGUGGAUGUGCAGGAGAUGAUCCAGGACAGAGUGAGGAAGGUUGAGGAACUCAACCACUCCGUGGAGCUCAACAAAGCGAGCGCCAAGAGAGAGACUGAGGACAGCGAGCAGGUCUUCUCCGAGCUGAUUCGCAUCAUCCAAAAUACUCAGGCUGAAGUGGUCGCGGCCAUCGAGGAGAAACUGAAGCGCACGGAGAACCGAGCCCAGGAUCUGGUCGCCCGACUGGAGCGGGAAAUCGUGGAGCUUAGGAGGCGCGAUAACGAUCUGGAGAACAUGGACAGAACUGACCACAUUCACUUCCUGAAGAACUUCCCGGCUAUGAGCACGCAGCCGUCCGUUCAAGACUGGACUGACACUAGCGUUCCCACUGAUAUCAGCAUCGGUUCGAUCAGGACGGCGGUGACCAGACUGGAAGCCACUUUCAAGCAAAUGGCGGACAAGCUGGCCGAUAAAGAGAUUGAGAAAGUCCUGAAGUACACAGAGGACGUGACUUUGGACCCGGACACGGCCAACCCGUGGUUGCAGCUCUCGCAGGACAGGCGGCAGGUGCGUCACCUGGGGGCGUGGCAGGACCUCCCGGAGCACCCCGACCGCUUCGACACGGUGGUCAUCGUUCUGGGCCGAGAGGGAUUCACCUCCGGCAGACAUUAUUGGGAGGUCCAGGUGGGCGAGAAGGACGACUGGUACUUGGGCGUGGCCAAGUCCUCUGUCAAGAGGAAGGGCCGCAUCUCGGUGAGCAGCGCCCACGGAUACUGGGCCCUCGCCAUGAAGAAGGGCCAAGGGUACCGCGUGUCCACCGCGCCGCCCCUCUCUCUGGCGUUGGCCUCCAAACCCAAGCGGGUGGGCGUGUACGUGGACUACGACGAGGGACAGAUAUCCUUCUACGACGUCAGGGCCCGCACGCACAUCUACACCUUUUGCGAAAGGUUGACCGGGAAGAUUCUACCCUUUUUCUACUUGUACUGCUGCGACAAGGCCUCCGACACGGUCGUCAUCUGUCCCGUGGCGGAAAAACCUCUGAUUCCUCAAAGCUAAAAUGAACAUGCUAAACAGUUAACUUAUGCUACAGCUUGUUUUUCCAGAUGAAACAAAACUCAAAUAUAUGAUUCAAAACUGCUCCAAUCAUUGUCCUGUUUUGUUCUGUUUUGUGGCAAACAAUACAAGCGAGACUAUUUUUUUCCACGUAUAUUUUUA